AUGGUUCAAAAAGGCUUCUCAGAUAUACUGGCAGCUGCAGCAGUCAAUCUAGACCCAUAUGAAGAUCUAUACAAGCACUUCCAUGCUCACCCCGAGCUCUCACUGCAAGAAAAAGCCACAUCCGAAAAGAUCGCCGACCAUCUAUCCAAGCUCGGAGCCUACGAAAUCCACACCAACAUCGGAGGCUAUGGCCUGGUAGGCGUUCUACAGAAUGGCCCGGGCAAGACCAUCCUGCUACGCGCCGACAUGGACGCACUCCCAGUCAAGGAAGCCACGGGCCUCCCCUACGCAAGUACAGUGACGAUGGUCGAUGCCGAAGGCAUUGAAAAGCCCGUAAUGCACGCCUGCGGACACGAUAUGCACAUUACCUGUCUUCUUGCGGCGGCGGAAGUCCUGGCCCGCACACAAGAUGCGUGGAGCGGGACGUUGAUUGUGCUCUUCCAGCCGAACGAGGAGCGGGGAGGCGGUGCACAGGCUAUGGUUGACGAUGGGCUUUAUUCGAAGAUUCCCAUGCCGGAUUAUGUCUUUGGUCAGCAUGUGAUGCGGAUGCGCGCCGGAGCUGUUGGUUCGAGACCUGGGACGAUUAUGGCUGCUGCUGAUAGUAUGAAGAUUACGCUAUUUGGACGUGGGGGACAUGGGUCGAUGCCGCAUCAGACGGUGGAUCCUGUUCUUCUUGCUGCGCAUGUUGUUGUGAGACUGCAGGAUAUUGUGAGUCGGGAGGUUGAUCCGAGUGAUCUUGCUGUUUUGACGGUCGGGAGCUUGCAGGCUGGGCAGACGGAGAAUGUGAUUGCGGAUCAGGCUGAGAUUGGGGUUGAUUUCAGGACUGUCAAAUUGGAGACGAGGCAGAAGAUCAUUGCUUCUAUUCGCCGUAUUGUUGAGGCGGAGUGUGUUGCUAGUGGUUCGCCGAAACCACCGGUCUUCACGCCUACGAGGCGGUUCCCGCCUACUUGGAAUGAUCAGCAAGUGGCCUUGCAGCUUGCUGCGUCGUUUAAGGAUCAUUUUGACGAUUUUGAUGGGGAUACUCCCCGGACAAACGUUAGCGAAGAUUUCUCUACGUUGGGUACUUCUCAGGGCCUUCCUUGCUCCUUCUGGUUCAUUGGAGGAAUUGAUCAGGAACUUUGGGAUAAGGCCGAAAGAGGAGAGUCUUCUAAGGAGGAGAUUGCUGGAAACCAUUCCGCUCGCUUUGCGCCUGUAAUCCAACCAACUCUGCAAACUGGUGUGGAUGCCUUGUGUGUUGCCGCGUUGACAUUCUUGAGGAAGUAA